AAAUCUUCAGUAUUCAGGAGAUUUAAUACUCUCAUGGAAUGGCAAGAAUGCAAAGUAAAGAUGAAGGUUGAAGUGCCUGUAUCAGUUGCUUAUGGACUCUACUCGGAACGUGAAUCAAUUCCUAAAUGGAUGACAUUCAUUUCAUCCGUUAAGGUAUUGAAGGACAAACUCGAUUUAUCUCGAUGGACCUUGAAAUAUAAAGCAUUUGGUCAGAAUCUUGAGUACGCUUGGCUUGCUAAGAACUUGCAGCCUCUCCCGAAUCAGAAAAUACAUUGGAUUUCUCUAGAAGGCCUUCCUAACAAGGGCACUGUCCGGUUUUUCCCACUAGGACCUUCAUCAUGUGAAGUAGAACUAACCUUUGCAUAUGAAGUUCCCCUGCUACUUAUACCAUUUGCAGCGGCGCUUCAACCGCUAAUGCAAGGAUUGAUCAAGAAUAACAAAGACAAUCCCAACCUAAAACCAGAGCCACCGUCUCAGCCUCCUUCUCCCUCUCCAAAACCUAACGACCCGUCGUCAAAAUCUCCAUCUCCGCCCCAAGAUCUCGACCACGAAGUAGUCUACAACGUGAAGAAAUACGGUGCGGUCGGUGAUGGUGUCACAGACGACACUGAAUCGUUCAAGACAGCUUGGGAUUCAGCUUGUGGCAACUACGAAAACAACACUGCCUCUGUCUUGCUUGUGCCUUACGGUUUCACUUUCAUGAUCCGUUCCACUGUUUUCACUGGUCCUUGUCGCUCUUACCAAUACUUCCAAGUUGACGGGACCAUCGUGCCACGGGAUGGACCAAAGUCGUGGCCAAGCAGUUUAAACAAAAGACAAUGGCUCGCCUUUUAUAGAAUCAACGGAGUGGCUCUAAAAGGCGCCGGAGUUAUCGACGGUCGUGGACAAAAUUGGUGGGAUCUUCCCUGCAAACCUCAUCGGAAUGUCAACAAAACUAAACUUGCUGGUCCAUGCGAAAGUCCCACCGCUUUGAGGUUCUUCAUGAGCUCGAAUCUAACUGUGGAAGGCCUGAGUAUAAAAAACAGCCCACAGGUUCACCUGAAACUCGACGGAUGUCAUGUAGUUCACAUCAACUCCAUUCGAAUCAUAUCUCCAUCGUCAAGUCCCAACACCGAUGGUAUCCACAUUGAGAACUCCAAUUCCGUUGAGGUUUACAACUCCGUCAUCUCCAACGGAGAUGAUUGUGUCUCGAUAGGACCUGGAUCAUAUGAUAUCGAUAUACGAAAUCUCACUUGUGGACCAGGCGGACAUGGAAUUAGCAUUGGAAGUUUGGGAGAAAAAUCCUCACAUGCGUGCGUCUCCAACGUUACGGUUAGAGACUCGUUUAUAAAAUUUUCCGAAAAUGGAGUACGGAUCAAGACAUGGCAAGGUGGAUCCGGGUCCGUUUCGGGUGUAACAUUUGACAAUAUCCAUGUAGAUACUGUCCGAAAUCCGAUAAUCAUCGAUCAAUACUAUUGCACGGCUAAAAGUUGUGCUAACAAAACAUCGGCGGUUUUUGUGAAUGAUAUAGUAUAUCAAAGUAUAAAAGGGACAUACGAUAUCCGUAGCCCCCCUAUGCAUUUUGGAUGCAGCAACAACGUCCCUUGCACAAACUUAACGCUUUCGGAUAUCGAAUUGUUACCUUCGAAAAAAGAUAUUGUUGUGGAUCCCUUCUGUUGGAAUGCGUAUGGGAUCACAGAUGAGUUCUCCGUACCUUUGAUCUCGUGUCUCAAAUCGAAUCCUUCGACGUUGUUGUUAAGUGGUCUUUCAGGGAGGUGUGGAUCACCGUGAUUUGAUUAGUGAAUGAAUAAGAGAGUUAUUUUUGU